AGGGGAAAGCUGCUUUCUGCAAACAAUUGAAAAAGCUGCCUUUGGAAACUUUCUUCAGUAGUCAUGGCAUAGUGGGAACUGGGCCGUGAAGCCUUUGCUAAACGAGUUCUCACAGCUGAGCCCCUAGAGUGAUCGUUGUCAUGGCCAGCAAGAGGAAAUCAACCACACCGUGCAUGAUCCCGGUGAAGACGGUGGCCCUGCAGGAGGCCGGCGCCGAGGCCCAGCCCACAGAGGCUUUGCCUGAAGGGCCCCAGCAGACUCUGCCCCCCGAAGCGCCUGCCACCAGCAGCGAGGUGGCCCAGAACAAUAGCGGCACUGACGGCGCUGUGUUGGCCAACGGGCAUCGGAGCACAUCGGACGGGUACUCAUAUUCCUGUAAAUACUGUGACUUCAGAUCCCAGGACGUGACCCAGUUUGUGGGACACAUGAACUCAGAGCACACAGACUUUGAUAAAGACCCAACUUUUGUAUGCACUGAAUGCAGUUUUCUGGCAAAAACCCCUGAGGGGCUUUCCCUGCACAAUGCCAAGUGUCACUCGGGGGAAGCCAGCUUUGUGUGGAAUGUGGCCAAGCCAGACAAUCAUGUCAUCGUGGAGCAGUGCAUCCCUGAAAGCACGAGCACUCCUGACCCAGCCGGGGAACCCAGCACUGAAGGGACUGAUGGACAGGCUGAAAUCAUUAUUACUAAAACUCCAAUCAUGAAGAUAAUGAAAGGCAAAGCUGAAGCCAAGAAAAUUCAUACACUCAAGGAGAACGUCCCCAGUCAGCCUGUUGGGGAGUCCUUAUCAAACCCUUCAGCUGGAGAAACGGAGGUGAAAGAGGGGGACCACUCAUUCAUCAAUGGGGUAGUUCCAGUUAGCCAGGCCUCUGCCACCCCAGUGAAACCCCCGCAUGCAGCCAGCGAGCCCCUGGUAGGAACGGUUCCGGUUUUGCCGGCUGGUAUGGCACAGUUCCUCUCCCUCCAGCAGCAGCCCCCCAUACAUACCCAGCACCAUGCCCCCCAGCCACUGCCCACAUCCAAGACCCUGCCCAAAGUGAUGAUCCCCCUGAGCAGCAUUCCGACUUACAAUGCAGCCAUGGACUCCAACAGCUUCCUGAAGAACUCUUUCCACAAGUUCCCGUACCCAACCAAAGCCGAGCUCUGCUAUUUGACCGUGGUGACCAAGUACCCAGAAGAACAGCUCAAGAUCUGGUUCACAGCCCAGAGGUUGAAGCAGGGUAUCAGCUGGUCCCCUGAGGAGAUAGAGGAUGCCCGGAAAAAGAUGUUCAAUACCGUCAUUCAGUCCGUACCACAGCCCACAAUCACUGUUUUAAAUACUCCCCUAGUGGCCAAUGCUGGCAAUGUCCAACAUCUCAUCCAGGCUGCCCUACCAGGUCAUGUCGUAGGACAGCCAGAGGGCACAGCAGGGGGACUUCUGGUCACUCAGCCACUGAUGGCCAAUGGGUUGCAUGCGACAAGUUCAUCUCUUCCCCUGGCAGUUACUUCUGUCCCCAAGCAGCCCACUGUGGCGCCUGUCAACACUGUGUGUUCAUCGUCAUCGGCCGUGAAGGUGGUGAACGCAGCCCAGUCGCUUCUCACAGCAUGCCCCAGCAUAACUUCCCAAGCCUUCCUCGAUGCUAGCAUCUACAAAAAUAAGAAAUCCCACGAGCAGCUGUCGGCUCUGAAAGGUAGCUUCUGUCGGAACCAGUUUCCAGGGCAGAGCGAGGUGGAGCAUCUGACCAAAGUGACCGGCCUCAGUACCAGAGAGGUGCGCAAGUGGUUCAGUGAUCGGCGCUACCACUGCCGGAAUCUGAAGGGCUCCAGACCCCUGAUGCCCGGCGAUCAUGGCGCCCUCCUCAUGGAUUCCCCCCCAGAGGUCCCCUUCGCCCCGCCGUCCAAAGCCCCUGAGGCAACAUGUAUCCCGCCAGCGGCCACACUAGUGACCCACCACCCUUCUGCCAAACGACAGUCCUGGCACCAGACCCCUGACUUCACAGCAACCAAAUACAAAGAGAGAGCCCCCGAGCAGCUCAGAAUCCUGGAAAGCAGUUUUGCACAAAACCCCCUGCCUCUUGAUGAGGAACUGGACCGCCUGAGAAGUGAAACCAAAAUGACCAGAAGAGAAAUUGACAGCUGGUUUUCAGAGAGACGGAAAAGAGCGAACGCAGAGGGGACCAAGAAGGCUGACGAGAGCACUGCUCAGGAGGAAGAAGAGGCCGCCGAGGACGAGGGUGGGGAGGAAGACCCAGCCAGCGACCUUAGAGUCCCUGGUGAAAACGGUUCCUUGGAAGGGCUGAGCAGCCCCUCCCUGGCCGAGCGCAAAGUCAGCCCCAUCAAAAUCAACCUGAAGAACCUGCGGGUCACCGAGGCCAAUGGCAAGAACGAGUUCCCAGGGCUGAGCACCUGUGAGCCGGAGGAUGAGGGGUCAAGCAAGCUGGCUGAGCAGCCUCCAGGCAAGGUGAGCUGCAAGAAGACGGCCCAGCAGCGCCACUUGCUGCGACAGCUCUUUGUCCAGACGCAGUGGCCCAGCACCCAGGACUAUGACUCCAUCAUGGCCCAGACAGGUCUGCCACGGCCCGAGGUGGUACGCUGGUUCGGGGACAGCAGGUACGCCCUAAAGAACGGUCAGCUCAAGUGGUAUGAAGACUACAAGCGGGGCAACUUCCCUCCAGGGCUGCUGGUCAUCACCCCGGGCAACCGGGAGCUGCUGCAAGACUACUACAUGAUACACAAGAUGUUGUACGAGGAGGACCUACAGAACCUCUGUGACAAGACCCAGAUGAACUCCCAGCAGGUCAAACAGUGGUUUGCUGAGAAAAUGGGAGAGGAGACCCGGGCUGUGGCGGACACAGGCAGUGGGGACCAGGGCCCCAGUGCUGGCGAGCCCAUGGCAGUUCACAAAGGAAUGGGUGACACCUACUCAGAGGUGUCUGAGAACAGUGAGUUGUGGGAAUCCAGUGCCCCUGAAGCCAGCUCAGAGCCCUUUGACACCUCGAGUCCCCAGGCUGGACUUCAGCUGGCUCGGUGA